AUGAAUUAUGCUAACCAAACCUGGGUCCAGAACUUUGUCCUAGUUGGCUUCACUCUUACCCAGUCCCUGCAAACUCUUGUUUUCCUGGGUGUUCUGUCCACCUACCUCCUCACCUUGGCUGGUAACCUGUUCAUCAUCAUCCUAGUCCAGGCUGACUCUGGGCUGGGCACUCCCAUGUAUUUCUUUAUCAGUACCCUGUCCUUCCUGGAAGUCUGGUACAUCAGCACCACAGUGCCCACACUCCUGUGCACAGUGCUUCGUGGGCCCUUGCCUGUCUCUCCUACCGUCUGCUUCACUCAGUUGUACAUUUUCCACUCACUGGGUCUGACUGAGUGUUACCUUUUGGGUGUCAUGGCCCUUGAUCGCUACUUUGCUAUUUGUCGCCCUCUCCACUACCACAGUCUCAUGGGUGGCCAGGUGCGAGUCUGGCUAGCAGCAGCCUCUUGGGUGACUGGCUUCUCUGUGGCUCUGGUACCCACCUGCCUCACUGCCUCCUUGCCCUUCUGCCAGAUGGAGAUUGCUCAUUACUUUUGUGACCUUGCACCACUCAUGCGUCUGUCAUGUGUAGGCACUGCCUGGCAUGCACGUGUCCAUGGGACUGUGAUUGGCGUGGCUAAUGGGUGCAACUUUACCUUGAUCCUGUUCUUGUAUGGGGGCAUCCUGAGGGCUGUGCUGAGGUUGCCUGCAGCUGCCAGCAGGGCUAAGGCUUUCUCCACCUGUUCCUCCCACAUAAUGGUGGUGGCCUUAUUCUAUGGCUCAGCCUUUGCUGUUUAUGUAGGGCCCCCCAGGGGCCAGGCAGAGGGCUCAGACAAGCUCAUUGCCCUGAUAUAUGCCCUGCUCACCCCCUUCCUCAACCCUAUCAUCUACACCCUUCGCAACAAGGAAGUGAAGGAGGCUGUGAAAAGGGUCACCCAUAGGCUUUGGGCAGUGCUGAAGGGAUGCUGA